AUGGUGUAUAAUUCCAGUUCCAUAACAUUUAUAGCCAUAGUUAUUGUCUUCAUCUCAUACUAUGGAUGGAAAUUACUUUAUUGGGUAUGGUUUAAACCAAAGAAUCUAGAAAGGCUACUAAGGAAGCAGGGAUUAAAGGGUAAUCCUUAUUGUCUAUAUUAUGGUGAUUCUAAAGAAAUGAUCUCUAUGACAGAGGAAGCCAAUCGCUGCCGUCCACUUCACUUUUCCGACGAUAUUCUUGGCCAUGUUUUCCCUUUUCACCGCCAUAUUCUUGAUAAGUAUGGAAAUAAUUCAUUCACAUGGAGAGGACCAAUUCCAAGGGUGAAUAUAAUGGACCCAGAUUUGAUCAAUGAAAUUAUGAUGAAAAAUGAAAUAUUCAAGAAGCCCAAGCAACAUCCAAUCCAUAGUCUUUUAACAACUGGAAUAGGUUCUUAUGAGGGUGAGAAAUGGGCAAAACAAAGAAGAAUCAUGAACCCUGCUUUCUAUAUGGAGAAAUUAAAGGUUUUAGUUCCAUAA